AACUUGUACCUUCAGAAAGGCUGGGUGUGAGCUUGGCAGGGCAAGACUAGUGUGUAGGCCAUUUUGUUUACCUGCCCUUCCCGGGUGUCUGUGUUUUGCUUCCUGCUUCACUCCCUUUGUCAGAAGAACGUGCCAGCACUUGACUCGGAAACAUCAAAUCGUCUGACUAAACUCCUGAAAUUCCCAUUGUGUUUGUAAGCUACCAGCCGGUUGUUUUAAUGAGAUACUGUAGAUAAUUUGAGGAUCAUUUUGGGGGGAACUGGAGACGUAAAAACAGUUAAGCCUGGAGCUCUACUAAAACUUUCAUAACUAUGUCAGCAGGAGUUUAGCCCGGCUUAGGCUGGAAUGGCAAAUAUGUUGAGAAUUUGACUGUUGGAUGCAGACUGUUCAAGCAGCAUAGUCCAUAUGCACCUACAGGAUCUUAAGUAUGCACAGAAGAAGUCUGACCUUCACUAUUUAUGGACUUAAAAUAGUAGGCUCCUUCUUUUUUUUUCCAACAUUAAUUACUCCACAGAAGCUUGUAGUUGGCAACAGGCUGCUAUAUUUAAAGAUGAAGAGUCAUUGUUCCCCUAGCAGCUGUUGGUGUGUGUGAUCUGCUCUGUAUUCCCUCCAGACAAUAGCUUGUUGACAGCUGUCCUGAUCCACCUCCCCAUCACCCCUCACACACACACACACACUUGUAUCACUCUUUUCACAGCCUUUCUACUGACUGAAAAUGAGGUUUUAUUGUGUGUUUGUCUGCGGAGAGAUGGAUGACUGCGAGUAAUUGUUCGGAUCUGUCUGAGAUGGCAGCCAAUGAACUUGUUAGAAGCAUGGGGCUUCAGGAGAGCGAUUGGCUGCAGUCUUAAAUAAGUGGGAGGGUUUGUGGUUGUAGAGUCUUUGGGAAGUUUUGUAGCUCCACACAAGUUUCUGCUUGUGUUUGAAGGAAGUCCAAAUGUCAAGGAGCUAGAGUUCAGCUGACUUGCCGAGGUCGAGUCACUUCAAAUAUGCCAUUAAGGUGAUCAUGAGAGAACCAUACAGCCACAUAAACAGAGGUUAACAGUGAGGACUAAACAGAUUGAAUUCCAAGGUGGCUCGGGAAGUGGACAAGGUACGACUGCCUGGCCACAAAAUGCCUGUGGAAACGCUUCAACACUCCGUGAGGCAACCAACAGAGACUGCUGUCGCUCCUACACCCACACGCUUGCGACCCAAGGGGCCAGUGGGGCUAGAUUUCUACCAGAAGUACCAAAAAGCUGCGAGCAGACCAAAGCAGAGUGCUGUGGAAAGGCUGGAGGCAGACAAGGCUAAAUAUGUCAAGAGUCAGGUAGCUCUUACCAAGCAGCAGCCAGUCAGGCCUCCUGAAGUGCGUAAGCCUCUACUCAGCCCCAGCUCUGCCCUGUCACCCACCAGAAAGACCGCAGACCCAGCAAAGACAAAGCAGGAAUGAUUACAGCUGGACAUGGAGCACCUGAGUAACCUCAUCAGUGGAGUGAAUGAAGCGCCACGGUCCGGUGCAACUGCAAAGCCAAACGACAGUAAACCUCCUUACUGUGGUGCAGCUGUACACAAUUUUCCCCGUCCCACUCCUGCAGGGGCACAGCAGAAUAAGGAGAAGCCGUGUCCACCUCCACGUCCUGAUAGGUUAGUUGCAGCUAAAGUGAGAUUAAAAGCAUCUGACCCUGCUAACGUAGAGAGCACGAGCUCUCCUGGGCCUCCAGCUGCAGCGACGGUACGGAGGGUGGAUGUCAUGCCUCAGGCCAGCCCUGUGAGGACAGCAGGCAGACGACCUCAGUUAAUUCGACAGCCCCUUCAGCCAAUAUCUCUACAGUCUCAGUUUCGACCCGGCCCAACUGCUUCAAACCUGCAUCUCUUUCUCCCCAGAACAACACCAGGUCCUUCUCCUCUGAAACCUGUUAUUGCUCAGUCAAAACCUGAUACCUCUUCCACUUCUCCAGCCGAGACCCCAGUUCCUGCCACGCCCACACUAAGCUACCCUGUUAUACCUCCUCCUUCCCCAGCAAUUACCCGUUUGUCUUCCACGAGCUCCAGGAAACGCCCUUCUCUAACCCGGUCUAAGUCGGACAUGAGCGACAGGUACUCCCGAGCUGGGACAGAGCUGGAGCGCUUCUUCAACCUGUGCGGUUUGGACUCCGCAGAUGUGCAGGAGCUGACUGGUUCUAGCUCUGACAUUGUUUCCAUGGCUCGUUUUCGCAGCGCGAGCGCUCCAGGGUCCGAGUGCGCAGCCUCCGGCAGAGAAGACGAGGGUGAAGAGGAUGAGGAGGAGGCUGGCAAAGCUGCAAAUCGUGUUCCCUACGGUGUUUCUGUCAUUGAGAGAAAUGCACGAGUGAUCAAGUGGCUCUAUGGAAUUAAGGAGGCAAAGGACAACUCGACAAAGAGCACCAAUUUAUAGGCUGGUCUCAAGUCAUUUAUAAGCUUUGUAUUAAAAAUAAAAAUGCCAACUUUAAUAUUUUUUUAAGAUCAAACUUGGAUAAGACAUUGACUGAUGGAGCUCCAUUACUAACCUGUUAUUACACUGAAGAGUGUUUGUUUGUUAUAUCUCUUCUUUUUCCCCAUACUUAGAAAAUGUGAGCCACAAUCUUUGUUCUGAAGGUUUUUCUCGUGCUAUUUUGACUUUUCAGUGCUGUAUUACUUUUGUGUGUCACUGCCAGGCUGUCUGGCAAAGAUGUGACAUCUUCAUUAAAAAAAUCACUUUGUGCUGUAAAUGGCUGCCAUUAAAGAGAAAAUGCUGCAA